CUAUUUUUGGAUCAACAGCCCCAAACCUGCAGAACACACCUACGACACCGCACAGCUACAUCGCAAAGCCAUUUGUACCUUGUCGCGAAAGCCUCAGUACAAAAACUAAAGCUGCUCCCCCCAUUUGUUCCAUUGCCGCCUGCGCCAGCUGUUUGGUCACGAUCGCCACACUGUCGACGGCACUCCCUUCUCCCCGGACGGCUUGCACGUUCUCUAGCUCGGCCAGCCUCCCCCCACUGUCCUUCAUCCAACUUCAAAAGAGCUAGCUCUUGCCCAGCUCGCCGGCGCAGGGUCCUGACUUGGAUAUUUCCUUUCUAUUCUCUUCCUAUAUACCUGGCUGGCUCCCGAUCCCCUUUGUUCAUCCGCGCCCCGGUCAGCGCAUCUCCGGAGUUGAUCCCCAGCAUCAAUUACACGGUCGACGCCGUACACAUACAAAGGCCCCCUCGACCACGCCCUCUCCAUAUAAAAGAGUCCCAUCGCAGCCUUCGCCGCUGCUCUCCCCAGUCUUAGCCUCGCCAAAGGCACUUCAAAAUGGGUCGUAGAAAGAUCGAGAUCAAGGCGAUCAAGGAUGACAGGAAUCGCUCUGUCACCUUUCUCAAGCGCAAGGGCGGUCUGUUCAAGAAGGCGCACGAGCUUUCUGUUCUCUGCUCAGUCGACGUUGCCGUUUUCAUCUUCGGCACCAACAAGAAGCUUUACGAGUACUCGUCGGGUGAUAUGCGCGAGCUUAUCACAAGAUACACCUACCAUGGCGGCGCAACAGAGCACAAGGGUCCUUCGGACUUCAAUGGGGGCGCCGACGAUGACGAGGACGAGGACGUCGACGGCACACCACCGCGCCAGGGCUCCAUGGAUGCGCACAUGCUUCCGCCUCACUUCCAAAACCAGCAGCCGUUCCCUCAGCACAUGAGGCACCACACUCCCUCAGCGUCGCCACCGAUCCCCAACAGCAUGCAGUUCACCUCUCACGGCCACGCAGUCCAGCGCCAACACACGCCCCAGCCUCAAAUGGGAUCCAGGCCGCCGUCCAGGGGCGACAUGCGCCGCAUGAUGGGCAAGCCUGUCGGGCCUCCGCCUCCGCCAGGACAGCAGGUCAACGGUUUCGCCUUUGUCCCCCAGCCCGCAAUCUACGGCCCUCCGAACCCAACGACCAUGGCGCCGCACGUGCCGCCUCAGAUGGCCCAUGGGCCGCAAUACCCUCCUUACCCCCAGCAGCCGCCGCAGCAUGCGCACCAGCACCAGAUGCAUUAUCUUGAGGACCAGAGGCGCGCCUCCAUGCCGCCCAGCUUCCCUCCCCACGUCCAACAGCCUCCCCAUGCUCCCAUCCAAAGGCACUCGGUUUCUCCGCCCCAGGCGCAUCCUCCGCAACUGCCGCAAAUGCCACCCCAGCAUGUCCCCCACACGUCGCCGCCUCCUCAGCAUCUCGUACACAGCUCGCCUCAGCAAAUGGUCAACAGCUCGCCCCAACAGCAGCACCUGCAACCCCAACAGCAACCCCAACAGCAGCAGCAGCAGCCGCACCAGCACACCAGCAGCUCACCGCAGCUUCCAAUCAUCCACGAGCCUCCGCCGCCCCAACCGCAGCCUCAGCAACAACAGCAACCGGACCAGGCGCGGUGCUUGCCUCCGCCCCCAGCCCCCAUGGAGAUCAAGACGGAACCCAGCACGCAGGAACGCGUCAUUCCGCAGACAUCCCUGCUGGACACGGGCGUGAAGAAGCUGCCUCGCCAGAAGCAGCACAGCAUCUUUACGCCCAUCGAUGAGAACCGAUCCAUCCUGAGCCAGCACCUGGCAGCUUUCCACUCGGAGCCCGCAAAGACGGAUAAGAGCCCACCAUCUGUCGGCCGUUCUUCGUCCCUGGACGGAGCUGCGGGCCAUGCUGUGCCAGCCAAGACCAAUGGCACCACGUCGCCACCGCCUCCCAAGCGUGCCGAGACUUCACAGACUUUCCCCCGGGCUAGCCGCGCAUCCAUCUCAUCGCUAUCCGAGGCGGGCUUUACGCCUCCGUCGCGAUCCAACAGCCUACGAGCCGGUGGACCGCGUCCGCGCCUCAAGGUGCAGAUCCCGGAUGAGCAGUCGGACGAUGGAACGAGCGUGACGGCCGAGUCGGCCUCGUCGCCACGCGGAGGACACUCAACCGAUGCGACGUCGCAAUCAACACGUCAGAAUGACACGCUCUCCAACUCGAGCAUGGUCCUACCGCCUCCGUCUCCCUCUGCGUCGGCUCUGCUCUCAGCAGGGGCGACGGGCCCGCCGAACCCAUUCGCGCGCAGGCCGCCGCAGCAGCUCCAGGCCGCCACGGGCAUAAACAUGGACACGCCCGUGUCAGCCCUGCCCUCGCGUUUCCUCAACACCGACUUCCUGCCUAGCCCUUCGAGCUUCUACCCCGAGUGGAACUUCCGAGGUGGCGACAACAACAACACGCUCCCCAGCCCGCUGAACUUUGCCACCCCGGUCGUCGGCAGCGGCCCUAGCUUUCUGAGGGACGACAAUCACAACAGCAAUAGCAGCACAAACCUCGCGGCAGUGGCAAUCAACAACAACAAAAGGAAGAGCCCCGACCACCUGGCCACCCACCACGAACAUGGCACGGGCGCCAUGGAUUCUACUGCCGCCAACGAACCCAAGAGGGUCAAGGUGGACUCUUAAAAGUCUUUGAGUCGAUUCCCGUCCUUACAAAAAUAUGACUUCACUUCACCAUGUAUCAUAUUAUGAUUUGUAUCUUUUUUCCUUUCUCUUUUCCUUUGGGUCGUUUUAUUUAUCAUACAUUCUUCUUCUGUUUUAUCCUGGCUGGAUAUUACGGGGCAAUGCAAUCAGGCGACGACUUUUCUUUCCUUUUUUUUCUUUUCAUUUUCAUUCUUAUCCGGAGCUGGGCCAUUUUCCUCUACACUCACGGUUCCCACCUAUUUCUUUAUUUUGGAGGGUUUCAAUUCUUCACCUCUUUUUCGUUAACUUCUUGGCGUUACAGCCUUGUCAGGUUGUUACAUGGGCACACACUCUCGUUCACGGGCAUAAUUCUGUCUUGGCAUGGCGUUAAUGAAUCUGGAAUGGGCGCGUGGGACAAUGUUUUGAUGGAGCAUAUACGGAAUGGGUCUUGGUGCGGUCUGGAUUCCAAAUCGUAUAACAUGACAAAAUGGAAUAAAAGAUGCUCAGUUGUACAUGAUAGAUCCCUGUGAUUUAUUUGCCUUUCUGGGAACCCG